AUGGAGCUUCAAAGUAAGAUAGAGAAGCUGCGAGCUGACUGUAGUAACUCCGACCUGCAGAUAAGCGCUUGUCAGAGGCAACUAAAAAAGCAAAAACUGGAUGCCAUGGUUAAAGCAGUAAAAAAUCCAACAGAUGUAGAUGAGCUCAUUAAGUUUGCACAUCGCAUUAGCUGCAGCUACGGUGCUCUGGCUCCCGAUAAUUGGGUUCCGGGGGAUCCUAGACGCCCCUACCCCAACAAGGAAGAAAUUCGUCGUGGAUAUUUGGGCCAUCUUGAUGACUCCGGACAUUUCUUACCCACUCUUAAAGAUGCCAUUGCUCAGUUUCAGUCUACUGCCUACUCUCCAAGCCUGAGCGUAUCAAAUGUGAAUGUAGUUCCAUCUCCUGGAGGAAUGAUGUCAUCUAACGGCAGUGGCAGCCAUUGGAUAGAUCAACAACAACAGCUCCGACAUCUUCCGUCUUCUCUCACCGCUAUUCUCUCCAGUGUUGGCAGCGCCAGCGGUAGACCACCUCGGGGACUUCCAGAGAGUCCUAGUCCUCGAAUUAGGUGGCAACAGCACCAGCAGCAAGUACGACAGGGCUUGCUGGGAGUGCACUCUAGCACUCCGCCACAGGCAAAGAAGCGACCACACAUCGAGGAACCUAGAAUGUGUUCUGACACUUCCUCAGACGACGAUGGGCGAUUCGGCGACUUCACCCACCGCGGUUUCUGA